AUGGACCUGAGAGGUCAUCAUCUUUUGUGUAUUCUGUUUCUCUCUCAAGCAAUUCAACUUGUUCAGGGAGCUUGUGAUGACGGGGAGUUUCAGUGCUCCAGUGGUCAGUGUAUCAGCGCAGACUGGAGGUGUGACGGUACCGCGGACUGCAGGGAUGACUCUGAUGAGCUCAACUGCCCGCCUGCAUCCUGCAGCUCGCAGCAGUUCAGGUGCGUGACGAGUGGGGAGUGCAUUUCCUCCGGUUUUGUCUGCGAUGGGGAAGAGGACUGCGUCGACGGCUCAGACGAACAGAGAACCUGCGGAGGCCGGACCUGCAGCCCGGGCCAGUUCACCUGCCACGAGGGCCAGUGCGUCCCCAACAAAUACCAAUGUGACCACGUGCAGGACUGUCUGGACAGCUCGGAUGAGGCGAACUGCAACUACCCAAGAUGCACUGAGAAGACUUGCGCCAAUGGAGCGUGCUACAACAAUUCUCAACACUGCAAUGGGCUGCAAGACUGCCGAGACGGUUCAGACGAAUCAAACUGCACAACUCACAACUGCCCCCUUCAUCAGUACGAAUGUACAAAUGGAUACUGCAUCCCGUUGUCCUUUGUGUGUGACCACUGGGACGACUGUGGGGACAACAGUGAUGAGCAGGGCUGCGAGUACCGGAGCUGCAGUGGGAACGAGUUCGCCUGCUCCAGUGGCCGUUGUAUCCCGCAGCGCUGGGUGUGUGACCAGUACAACGACUGCGGGGACUACAGUGAUGAGAAAGGAUGUGAUAGUAACUCCCGAGACUGUUACCCUGGUGAGUGGGGAUGUCCGGGCUCGUCGGUGUGUAUACCAGUGGGCAAAGUAUGUGACGGUAAACCAGACUGUCCCGGUGGCAUCGAUGAAGCCAACUCUACAGCACAGCUGACCUGCAGUUUGGACCAGUGUGCUGCCCUGAGCUGCGAGUUCCUCUGCCACGCGAGCCCGCAGGGCGGGGCGUGCUACUGCCCCGAUGGCUUCGUUGUAGCCAAUGACAGCCGCUCGUGCGUAGACUACAAUGACUGUGCCAUCUGGGGCAUCUGUGACCAGCUUUGUGAGGAUCGUCCCGGGACACACCGCUGUAGCUGUGCUGAUGGUUACUUCUUGGAGCAGGGUCACAUCUGCAGGGCCAACGUGUCAGCCGGAAUGCCACAGCUCAUCUUCACCAACGGGGGCGAUGUGAUGAUGGCUGACACACACGGGCGCUUUGUCAGAACUCUGGUGCCAUCCCAGGGAAGAGGUUUCUCUGUAGGGGUGGCGUACCACUGGCUCAGUCAGACAGUUUUCUGGUCUGACACCAAUACCCAGAAGGUAUACUCUGCCAACUAUGAUGGAGGUGAAAUUAAGGAGGUCCUGACUGCUGCAGUCCACAGUGUUCAAAACAUCGCCGUUGACUGGAUCAACUUCAAACUCUACAUCCUGGAGGCCCGGGUGGAGCGAAUUGAUAUGUGCGACUUCGAUGGGGGGAAUCGGGUCACACUAGUAGCUGAGAACCUGCAGACCCCUCAUGGGUUAGCCCUGGACCCUACGGUGGGGUACAUGUUCUUUACCGACAUGGGCUCUCUCGGCGAGCAGAUGAAGCUGGAGCGAGCGUACAUGGACGGCAGUAACCGCAUAGAACUGGUUAAGAGCAGGCUUGGCAUUCCGACAGGCAUUACCCUGGACAUAGUUACCCGGAGGGUUUACUGGUCUGACAGCCAUUUUGACAUGGUGGAGACAGUCACCUACACUGGCCUUGACAGAAAAACAGUGCUCUAUGGCGGAACCCAGGUCCCACACCCAUUUGGAAUCGGUGUGUUCGAGAACCACGUGUUCUUCACUGACUGGACCAAAAUGGGCGUGGUGCGCACUAAUCGUUUUAAUGGGAGCAACCCAUCACUCCUGUACCGCACAGCGAAGCGGCCCGGACAUAUUGUCAUCUCGCACCCUGUGCUGCAACCUGUUGGGAUGAGCCCUUGUGGCAGACACAACGGCGGCUGUCAGCACAUAUGUGUCCUGAGUCAUCGCUCUGACAAUGACGGCUUGGGCUUCCGCUGCAAAUGUCGCCUUGGCUACGACCUCCAGGCCGACCGCCGCACCUGCUUCGAGCUGAAGGAUUACCUGUUGGUCGCCACUUCGCUGGCGGUACGAGGAAUCCCGCUCAACAUCUCCCUCCAGGAAGACGUCACCCUGCCCCUCACGGGGCUCGGGGCAACGAUCGCCAGCUCUGCGGUGGAGUACGAUGCCAACGAGGGGGCCAUUUUCUACAAUGACAGGGGCAGAGGCCUGGUCUACAAGUCGAACCUCAACGGCACCAGCCAACAGAUUUUGACCGGCUACAGAGUGGGAACGGUUGACGCCAUGGCCUACGACUGGACCUCCAAAGUCCUCUUCUGGACCACGAGCUCUUAUAAAUCGGUUGUAGCCGUUAAAGUGACCGACAAAUCCAGAAAAGACAUCGUGACUGGCUUACGGAACCCCAAGGGAAUCGCGAUACAUCCCAGUGCAGGGUAUUUGUUUUGGUCUGACUGUUAUCGUCCAGCGGUCAUAAUGAGAGCCCACACAGAUGGCAGCAAUGCUGUUCCUCUCAUAAACACGACGCUGGGAUGGCCAUAUGGACUUGCUGUGGACUACACGAUUGACAGGCUGUAUUGGGUGGAUGCCCUUUUGGACCAGAUUGGAUAUGUCGGCAUUGAUGGAUUUGACAGAGAAACGUUUAGCAACAUUGGCCAGAUAACUCAGCCCUAUUCACUCACAAUUUACUCAGACCACCUUUAUGUGGCGGACACGAGGACCAGGGCCAUUUACCAGAUGAGGAAGCGAGAUGGAGGAGGGAACAUCAUGAUCAGACAGAGAAUCAACGGAAUCAUGAACAUCAAGGCCUACUCAGCUGAUCUCCACAGCAUGUUCAGCAGCCGAUGCAACAUGGUGCCUAACGGACGCUGCAGCCAUUUCUGUUUCCCGGCGCCCUCGUCCAGCCGAGUCUGUGGCUGUCCCUACGGCAUGAAGCUUCAGGAGAACCAAAGGGACUGCAUUAAGGAUGGUUCGGUCCCCCCUCCCGGGGACAUCUGCGGAGAUUACGCCUUUGAGUGUGAUGAAGGCCGUUGCAGGCCUAACUCGUACCGGUGUGACGGGAUUGCUGAUUGCAUUGAUCAGACUGAUGAGGCCAAUUGUACUGACACAGGAAUGACCUGUUCUCCGCGAGCGUUCACCUGCAACAACAAGCACUGCAUCCUGUCCAGUUGGCGCUGCGACGGCACGGACGACUGUGGUGACGGUUCGGACGAGAUCAGCUGCCCCACUCGCCUCCCCGCCACCUGCCCUGUGGACUUCUUCAGCUGCGACAACGGCAGGUGCAUCUCAAAGAUCUGGGUCUGCGACGGCGACAACGACUGCGGCGACGGCUCCGAUGAGCACAACUGUAACUCCACCAUCUCCUCGUGCCCUCCCGGCUACUUCCUGUGCCCGGACCACCGCUGCAUCUCCAGUUCCCUGGUGUGUGAUGGAGACCAGGACUGCAGGGACGCGUCUGAUGAGAUGAACUGCGAGUUUGACUGCUCCUCGCUUGAGUUUGCCUGUGCCAGUGGGGACCAGUGCGUCAACUCGAGAUACAAGUGUGAUGGAGUCUUCGACUGCAGGGACCACUCGGAUGAGACAGACUGUCCGACUCGAGGCCCGGGCCUCUGCCAUGACAGCGAGUUCCAGUGCCAGAUGGACGGUCUCUGUAUCCCAGGCGGGUGGGAGUGCGACGGCCAUGCAGACUGUGAGGACGGCUCUGACGAGCACAACUCGUGUGCACCGGUCACCUGCAGGCCCAACUCCUUCCAGUGCGCCAACAAGAUGUGCAUCCCGUCAGCUUGGUUGUGUGACGGCGACAAUGACUGCCGGGACAUGAGUGACGAGCAGAACUGCCCGACCCCUCCAUUCAGGUGUCCCUCCGGACAAUGGCAGUGUCCCUCCGACCGGGUGUGCAUUGCUCUGGAUCAGGUGUGCAAUGGCCAGAGGGACUGCCCCGACGGUGCAGAUGAGUCCCCCAUCUGCAAUGAGGACGACUGUGCGCUGAACAACGGCGGCUGCAGUGACGGCUGCGUUCAGGGGCCCUUCGGGGUUCAGUGCACCUGUCCAGCGGGCUUCCAGCUCCUCAACGACUCCAAGACCUGUGAGGAUAUCAACGAGUGUCGGAUCCCCGGCUUCUGUAGCCAGCAGUGCUACAACGAAAGAGGAACCUUCAGGUGCUACUGCUCAGACGGCUACUUCCUGGAGCCGGACGGACGCACCUGCAAAGCUGCCGAUCCUGUGGCGGCGGUGCUUCUGGUUAGCAAACGCAGCCAAAUCAUUGCCAACCGGAUAAACACGAAACCACCCCAAGUGCGUCCGGUGAUCAGCGGUUCUGCCAUCGUGACUGUAGACUUUGACCGCGUGACCUCCAGGAUCUACUGGGCCGACGCCUUGCAGAAGAAGAUCUGGAGCGCCAACCAGAACGGCACAGACAGACGAGAGGUGUUUUCAUCUGGUCUGAUGGUACCAGAGAGUUUAGCUGUGGACUGGGUGGGCCGGAACCUGUAUUGGACUGACUCUGUCUUGGAGAACAUCGAGGUGUCUACACUGGAUGGGUCCUUUCGGAAGGUUCUCCUCAACAAGAAUGUCACAAGCCCACGUGGACUGGCUCUAGACCCCCGAAACCAUACCAACCUGAUGUUCUGGUCAGACUGGGGUCAGAACCCCAGGGUAGAGCGUGCUGACAUGGAUGGAGCUAUGAGACGGGUCAUCAUCAGCACCAAACUCUACUGGCCGAAUGGCUUGGCCCUAGACUACACCACACGAAGAGUCUACUUCGCAGAUGCCUACCUCAAAUACAUAGACUACUGUGACUAUGACGGCAACAACCGCCAGCAAGUCAUAGCAAGUGACAUGGCUCUCCAACACCCUCAUGGCAUGACCAUCUUUGAAGACCACAUCUACUGGUCUGAGCGCUACACUAGCCGGGUGAUGAGGACCAACAAAUUCCACGGUGGCAACAUCACCACGCUGCUGAAUAACGUCUACCAGCCUAUGGGCAUUGUUAUGGACCACCCCAUCAAACAACCAACAGCCAUAAAUCCUUGCAGAGAUCACCCGUGUAGUCAGCUGUGCCUGCUGUCAGGCAUGAGGCCGAGGUACUACACCUGCCACUGCCAGUCGGGGUGGAAGCUGGAUGCUGACAAGCGCACUUGUAUCAGAGACAACAGUCCAUUCUUAAUGGUGGUGAGAGAGUCGGUGAUCUUUGGCAUUCCCCUGGAUCCUGCAGACCCCUCUAACAAUGCCAUGACUCCGGUGUCUGGCAUCACCCGGGGAGGGGACAUGGACUUUGAUGACAAGGAGCAGUACGUCUACUGGGUGCAGAGCCCUGGUUCCAUAUGGAGGGUGAAAACCAACGGCGCUAACAGGACUCGGUUUGCCCCAGAUGCGAUCAUGGGCUCGCCCUCUGGUCUGGCUUUUGACUGGAUCAGCCGAAUCAUGUAUUACACCAAUCCAGCCAGUAAAUCCAUAGAGGUUAUCCGCGUGGAUGGAAGCCAGCUCUACAGGAAAACUCUCAUCACCUCCACGGGCAAACCAGAGGGAGCUGGAGAGCCUGUUGGAAUAGCCCUCGAUCCAGCAAGAGGGAAAUUGUUCUGGACAGACAAAGGUUCAGACAACGGGGUCCCUCCCAAGGUCGCUAGCUCAGAUAUGGAUGGAAGCAACCUGAAGAACCUAUACACAGGCAACCUGGCCAACAUAGGAUACAUCACCGCAGACAUCUCUGCCAGCAAACUGUACUGGGGCGUGGCAAGCACAGGAGUGAUCGAAUGUGGCACAAUGGACGGAGUGAGCCGGGUGACAGUGGUCAGCAAGCUAUCUCACCCCUGGGGCCUGACAGUCUACCAAAACCACCUCUACUACACAGACCUGGACUACGAGGUCAUUGAGAGGGUGGACAAAGACACUGGCGCCAACAUGGUGGUGAUGAGGAGCGGCAUGUCAGGCCUGCGAGCCCUCAAAGUGCACGCCAGAGACAACUCAGCAGGGACCACCAACGCCUGCAGUUCCAACAAUGGGGGCUGCCCCCAUCUCUGCCUUCCCAAGCCUGGGAACCAGAAGGCUUGUGCCUGUACCACGGGCUUUUUCCCAUCGCAAGACGGCUCCCGCUGCGAGCAAUAUGAAUCCUUCGCCAUCGUCUCUUCACCCAACUUCAUCCGAGGCUUCCACAUCAACAGCUCUGACCACUCUGAGGCAAUGGUGCCAGUCAGUGGAGCUUCCUACUCUGCUAAGGACAAAUUAGACCUCCAUGUUGAGUCUGGCUUUGUAUACUGGACCGACAACAGCACCUCCACCUCUUACAAGGGUAUCUUCAGAGUCAAGACAGAUGGAUCACUGUACAGCAGGGUUGUCUCGUUGGGUGUAGGGAAACAAGGCAUCCAGGGCAUAGCUGUGGACUGGAUCGCAGGUAACCUGUACUUCACUAAUGCCUUCGAGAGCCAGACCUUCCUGGAGGUGCUCGCCAUCAACACUUCCUACCGAAUGGUCCUCCUUAAAUCCUUCCAGGGCCGUCUCCGUGACCUGGCCGUUAGCCCCAAACUGCGCUACCUCUUCUGGGCUGAUGGUGGCCAGACACCUAAGAUCGAGCGGGCCCUUCUCGAUGGCACCAACCGUACUGUCCUGGCGUCAGAGAGCCUGGCAUCGCCCCGUGGCCUCACCAUUGAUUAUACCAACGAUUUCCUGUAUUGGACGGACGACACUCUGGACAUGAUCUCCCGCAUGGCUUCGGACGGCACACAGAGGCAGAUUGUGCGGUAUGGGAGCCGGUAUCCCUCUCCUACGGGGUUGGCCAUAUUUGGGAACUUUAUGCUUUGGGUUGAUAGAAAGCUUGGAAAGCUCUUCCAGGCUAGUAAGGACCCGGCAAAUACUGCUCAACCAGAGGUCAUCCGUGAUGGCAUCGACGGCCUUGUGGAUGUCGCUGUUUUUGAUGCGCAUGUACAGCCCACAUCCGCAAACCAGGUGGGCUUCAACCCGUGCCAGGAGAACAACGGCGGCUGCCAGCAGCUCUGCUUCGCCAUGCCGGGCCAGGAGAGGCCCAAGUGCGACUGCGCCCAUGGCUCGCUCCUCAACAACGGGGUGACGUGUGGUUAUGGGCUCGAUGACUUUCUGAUGUUCACCACGGACUACACGCUGAAUAGCCUGAGGUUGGACCCGGAGGAUCACAGCAGCCCGUACCCAACUGUGGACCUGGGCUACAACCUAGUGGCGUUGGAUUACGACUUCAAGGACAAACGGAUUUUCUUCACACAGUACCAAGGGAUAGGCCGGAGCAGGGUUGGCUACGUCAGCGCCACAUCCAUCACCAGCCCACCUGUCAUCAUAGCCUCAAGUCUUGAUGACCCUGAGGGACUGGCCUAUGACUGGGUCCACCAGCGUCUGUACUUCACCGACUACUACAGCAAAAACAUCCAGGCCAUAGGGGUAGAUGGGAGCAACCGUUCAGUCAUCGCCCAUGCUAACCGUCCCAGGGCCAUCGUUGUGGACCCCUGCUAUGGUUACCUGUACUGGACUGACUGGGGCAGCCCUGCCAAGAUAGAGCGGGCAACCCUCGGCGGAAACUACAGGAGAGCCAUCGUCAGUAGCAGCCUAACUACACCCAACGGCCUUUCCCUGGACUACCAGGAGAGGAUGCUAUAUUGGGCGGAUGCCUCUCUAGACAAGAUCGAGCGUUCCACACUGACAGGUGCCAACCGUCAGGUGAUCUUACAGGGAGUCCAGUACCCCUUUGCCAUCACAGUCUUUCAGCAGGACAUCUUCUGGACCGACUGGACCACCCGCUCCGUCUACAGGGCCGGCAAGGAUGACGGCUCUGGCUUGGCAGUGCUGGCCCAGGAGCUGAAGUACCGGCCGAACGACGUCCACGUUUAUACUGGCUCUAAGCAGGAGAGCUGCUCCAGCCCCUGUCAACAGUUUAACGGAGGUUGCAGCCAUGUCUGUGUUCCUGGCCCAUCAGGCCCAGAAUGCCAGUGUCCUCAGCAGGGCAACUGGUACCUGGCAAACAACGGAAGGGACUGUAUCCGAGACACUGGGAGCCGCUGCCAGCCGGACCAGUUCACCUGUCUCAACGGCAAUUGCAUUGCGGCACGCUGGAAGUGUGACGGCUACAAUGACUGCAAGGACGACUCUGAUGAACUGGAGAGAGUGUGUGCCUUCCACACCUGCUCGGCCACGGACUUCACCUGCGACAACGGGCGCUGCGUGCCGCUAGGCUACGCCUGUGACUACACGGACGACUGUGGCGACAACAGCGAUGAGUUUGGCUGCCCCUUCCCUACCUGCAACCCCGCCACCGAGUUCACCUGCACCAACGGACGCUGCAUCAGUGAGGCCUUCAUCUGCGAUGGUCACAAUGACUGCCGGGACAACGCCACCUCCGAUGAGAUCAACUGCCCUGACAGAUCGUGUCCAGCGGGACAGGUCAAGUGUGACCAUACCAACAUCUGUAUCUAUCCUGACAAUCUUUGUGACGGCUUCAACAACUGUGGGGACAACAGCGAUGAGAAUCCUCUGUUCUGUGCGGGUCGUACAUGCUCCUCAGACCAGUUCCACUGUGACGGUGGGAAGUGUAUCCCCAAUUCCUGGGUGUGUGACUCCAUCAGAGACUGCACCGAUGGAACUGACGAGCCCCCCUCCUGCCAGGACCAGAUCAAGACAUGCAGUCCCAGUCAGUUUACCUGUAGCAAUGGCAACUGUAUCCCUCAAUCAUUAAUCUGUGAUGGCAACAAUGACUGUUGGGACAACAGUGAUGAGGCACCUGAACUGCAGUGUGGCCAGCGGACAUGCAGUCCCAGCCAGUUCACCUGCCCCACCUGGCACCCGGGCCACCCUCGCUGCGUGCCACGGGGCUCUGUGUGCGACGGGGAAAAAGACUGUGCCAACGCAGCCGACGAGCUUCAGAACUGCCCCAACCGCACGUGCCACAUGAAUGAAUUUGCCUGUGCCAACGGCCUCUGUAUCCUGCUGCCCUACCACUGCGACCGUGUCAAUGACUGCGGGGACGGCAGUGACGAGCGGGGCUGCACGUAUGACACCUGCGGCAGUGGCGAGUUCACCUGCGGCAACGGCGCCUGCAUCUCGGCCCUCUUCGCAUGCGACGGGGAUGCCGACUGUCUGGACGGCUCAGACGAGGCGGAGAGCCUCUGCACCACACCACAGCCCACCUGCGGCCCGCAGGAGUUCAUGUGCAAGUCAGGCCAGUGCAUUGACGUCAAGAAGGUGUGCAACAAGCAGAAAGACUGUCAGGACAACAGCGACGAGAAGGGAUGUGGUGUGAACGAGUGCAGCAACCCAUUUGUUCACAAAUGCGCCCAGCUCUGCACUGACACCCUCACGGGCUACUACUGCUCGUGCAACCCGGGCUACCGGCUCAUGCCGGACGGCAAGGCCUGUGAGGACAUCGACGAGUGCCACGACACGCAUGCCGUCUGUAGCCAGAUCUGCGAGAACGCCGUUGGCUCUUACUACUGCAAAUGUGCCCCCGGGUACAUCCGCGAACCGGACGGGCGCACCUGUCGCCAGAACAGCGGCAUUGUGCCAUACCUGCUGUAUAGCAAUCGUUACUAUAUUCGCAGCAUGGCCACCGACGGGUCACAGCUGAGCAUCGUCUUGCAAGGUCUGUCAAACGUGGUGGCACUGGAAUUCGACCACCACGACAGCAGGCUGUACUGGGUGGAUGCGGGGAUGGGAAGAAUUGAAAGAAUGCGAUUUGACGGGAGCGGUAGAGAGACGUUGGUGGAUCACAAUAUGGGGGGCGCAGAGGGACUGGCUUUGGAUUGGGUGGGCAGGAAGUUGUACUGGGUGGACAGUUACUACGGCUCGGUUCACGUGAUGGAACUUGAUGGGCGCUAUCAGAAGAAGCUGCUGUCUGGGGAGAUCCGUGGUGGUAACAACACAUAUGUCAUCAGUCGACCCCGAGCUGUGGCCGUCAACCCAAAAUAUGGCUGGCUGUACUGGACAGACUGGGGAGACACGGCCUACAUAGGCAGGACUGGUAUGGAUGGACAAAACGCCAGCGCCAUCAUCUCAGCCAAGCUGGAGUGGCCCAAUGCGCUCACCAUAGACUACGCCACCAACAAGAUCUUCUUCGCCGACUCGCACUUCAAUUUCCUGGACUAUGCCGAUAUGGAUGGGCAGAACCGACAUCGGGCCAUCUCGGGCUCACUCCCCCACGUCUUCGCCGUCACCCUCUUUGAGGACUGGGUUUUCUGGACCGACUGGAACACACACACCAUGGAGAAGGCCCACAAAUACUCCGGUGCCCAGCGCACAGUGAUGGGCAACAACACGCACCGGCCCAACGACAUCCACGUCGAGCACCCCUACAGGCAGCCUCGCAGUGAUAACCCCUGCUCCUCCCACAGCCUGGUCUGUAGUCAUCUGUGUCUGAUCGCCCCCGGCGGGAGUCGUGCUACCUGUGAGUGUCCGGAUCACUUCAUCGCCCUGCAGGUGGGCUUUAAGAUCCAGUGUGUGGCUGACUGCUCCAGCACCCAGUUCCGCUGUGGAGACAACGAAAAGUGCGUUCCCAUUUGGUGGAAGUGCGACGGCCAGUCGGACUGCGGCGACGGCUCAGACGAACCACAGACGUGCCCUCCCCGCUACUGUCCCAUUGGCCGGUUUCAGUGUCGAGAUGGAAACUGCACCUACCCCGGCUUCAUCUGCGAUGGCGACUCGGACUGCCCUGACGGCUCAGAUGAGGACGCCGCUCUUUGCAGCGACCACCGCUGCCAGGUGAACCAGUUCCAGUGUAAGAACAAGCAGUGCAUUCCGGUGUCCUGGCACUGCGACGGGGUCAGCGACUGCUCGGACGCCAGCGACGAGGACCCCGAGAGUUGUGCCCAGAGGACCUGCCCGCCGGGGCAGUUCCACUGCGCCAACGGUCGCUGCGUGCCGUCCAGCUACGUGUGUGAUGUCCAGGAUGACUGCGGGGACGGAUCUGAUGAGCCUUUCGAAACCUGUAUGGGUCCAGACCACAAGUGUGACCAGGACACGGAGUUUUCCUGCAAGACCAACUACCGCUGUGUGCCCCAGUGGGCCCGCUGUGACGGCGUCAACGACUGCAUCGACAACAGCGACGAGCAGGGCUGUGAGGACGUGACCUGUGACCCCGUGGGAGACUUCCGCUGUGACAACCACCGCUGUGUCCCCAUCCGCUGGCAGUGUGACGGGGGCGACGACUGCGGGGACGGCUCCGACGAGAGAAACUGCCAGCCGAGGCCUUGCUCAGAGAGUGAGUAUCGUUGUGACAAUGAGCAGUGCGUCCCUGGGAACUGGGUGUGUGACCACGAUAACGAUUGUGGGGACAACUCAGAUGAACGAGACUGUGACUUGCGGCCGUGUCGUCCGGACUCGUUCCGGUGCCAGUCAGGCCACUGUAUCCCUGCCGCCCUCGAGUGCGACGGGCGGCCUGACUGCCAGGAUCUGUCGGACGAGACCAGCUGUCCCACCCGUUACCCAGGGGGCCGUUGGUGCCCCCCGCACCAGUUCCAGUGUGCAAACCACCUGUGCGUGAGCCAGGGCUGGGUGUGCGACGGCGUGGACGACUGUGGGGACCGCUCCGAUGAGCAGCUCGGCUUGUGCCUAAACGUCACCUGUGAGAUGCCGUCCAGGUUCCGCUGUGCCAACGGCUACUGCGUCUACGCCGGCCUGCUGUGCAACCGGAAGGACGACUGCGGAGACGGCAGCGACGAGACGGAGGAGCUCUGCCGGGAGCCCACCCUGCCCCCGUGCACGGUGCAGGAGUUCAAAUGCACCAACGGGCACUGCGUGGCGCUGCCGUAUGUGUGCGACCACAACGACAACUGCGGGGACCGCACUGAUGAAACAGGCUGCAAUUUCGGCCAUGACCGCAGCUGUGAGGAGAAACUGUGCCAGCACGAGUGCACAAACCUGAACGGCACGGGCUUUAUUUGCUCCUGCAGACCUGGCUAUAGGGUUGACCCAGACAGCACCUACAACUGCCUGGAUAUCGAUGAGUGUGAGGUGUAUGGCACCUGCCCCCAAGCCUGUAAAAACACCAAGGGGGGCUACGACUGUGAGUGUGCCCCCGGCUACCGGAAAGUGGGCAAUGGCAAUAUGUGCGAGGCUGAUGGGGCGCCCCCUCUGCUGCUGCUGCCGGAGAACAUUCGGAUCCGGAGGUUCAACCUGCAGGCGGAGACUUACCACGACUUCGUUCUGGAGCAGGAGCAUAUCAUGGCUCUAGACUAUGACUGGGACGUCAACAACACCGGACUCAGUAUGGUGUACUUCACCGAGGCCGGUAACAACGCUGCACCGGGCACCAUUAAGAGGGCCUACAUCCCUGCGGUUGAUGAUGGCAGCAACAACGUUGGCGCUGCGGUCGACCUCGGUAUCAAGUACAUCACCACGCCGGCCGGCAUCGCUGUGGACUGGGUGGGCCGAAACCUGUACUGGGCAGACUCCAGGGUGAAGAGGAUCGAGGUGGCCAUGUUGGACGGACGCUACAGGAGGCAUCUGGUCAAAACUGACCUGGGCCACCCGUCGGCCUUGGCCGUCAACCCACGACUGGGGAUGUUGUAUUGGGCGGACCGUGGGCUCACAGCCAAGAUCGAGUGCUCGUGGCUGGACGGGCAGCAGAGGAGAGUCCUGGUGUCCGAGGGUCUGGGCUGGCCCACAGGCCUGUCAGUCGACCACACCAACGGCGAUAGGCUUUACUGGUCCGACUCCAAGGAGAGCCGCAUCGAGUCUGUGUUACCUUCGGGGGAGGACCGUAGGACUGCUCUCUACAUAGACGUGCGGAACCCGCUAAGCGUGAGUGUCUUUGAGGACCACAUCUACUGGAGCACCCAAGAGAGGGGGGAGGUCUUCCGUCAGGACAAGUUUGGCCGUGGCACCAAGACCAAGCUGCUGACCGCCGGGCCCUGGCUGACCCAGAUCUCGGUCUACCAGCAGCAGAAAUACAACUCCAUAGCCAUGAGGAGUCCGUGCAAGGGCACCUGCAGCCACCUGUGCCUCCUCCGCCCAGCAGGCUACAGCUGCGCCUGCCCGGAGGGCACCGGCUUCCUCCCUGGGAGCCACACCGAAUGCGACGCCGGGUUUGAACCGCCGCCCACCAUGCCCCCGCCGUGCCAGUGUCAAAACGGAGGCACCUGCUACUUUGACGACAACAAGGCUCUCUGCAAGUGUCCUCCGGAGUGGGACGGAGAUCGCUGUGAGACCAACGUGUUUGACGUGGUCGCAUCAUCAGUGGGCAUAGCUGUUGGGGUGACCAUCCUGAUAGUGGUCCUGCUGGCUGGCCUGGUCUACGCUGCCAGGAGAAAGUCCGGUGUGAUGGAGAUGCUAAGGAGCAACAUGCCCAGUAUGCCAUCCAUGCCCAACAUGCCCAGCAUGCCCAGAUUCAGGACCGCUUUUGCUCCAGAUGCAUCUAAAACUGUGGAAAGUGAGCCAAGACCAGAUUCGGAGGUGGUGCCCUGCACGUCGGUGUCCAUGGUGGAGGAAGGCGGCGAAGGGUUCGAGAACCCGGCAUAUGACACUGGGAACCGGCCCGUCCCCGGUGGUGCGGUCGCUGCUACGUCCGUCCCCGACGGGACAAACCAGAGGAACGUGGACAACCCGCUCUACGCAGAGGAGGAGGUGCAGGUGGUGGCGGAGCCCGCGGGAGGUGUGGCCGCGCCUGCCAGCGCCGCUGCGGUAAAGGGGGCCUUUGAGAAUCCAGCAUAUGGAAUAAAAUCAAGUGAUGGCGGCUUUACCUCCCAACGACCACCCAGCCACACUGCACAGGAGCAACUGCAAGACAGCAAUGAGGUCGGCAGUCCCAGUGGCAAGGUUAAAAUGCCCCUACCCAGGCCCCUACUCAAGCCCCUACCCAGGCCCCUACACAAGCCCCUACUCAAGCCCCUACCCAGGCCCCUACCCAGGCCCCUACCCAGGCCCCUACUCAAGCCCCUACUCAAGCCCCUACCCAGGCCCCUACACAGGCCCCUACCCAGGCCCUACACAAGCCCCUACCCAGGCCCCUACCCAGGCCCCUACCCAGGCCCCUACCCAGGCCCCUACACAAGCCCCUACCCAGGCCCCUACACAAGCCCCUACCCAGGCCCCUACACAGGCCCCUACCCAGGCCCUACACAAGCCCCUACCCAGGCCCCUACUCAAGCCCCUACCCAGGCCCCUACACAAGCCCCUACCCAGGCCCCUACCCAGCCCCCUACUCAAGCCCCUACCCAGGCCCCUACACAAGCCCCUACUCAAGCCCCUACCCAGGCCCCUACCCAGGCCCCUACCCAGGCCCCUACACAAGCCCCUACACAAGCCCCUACCCAGGCCCCUACCCAAUCAUAA